CAACUUUGGUUUAAUCUAUCCAUCCAACGUGUCAAUGACACGAAAAGCCUCAAUCCGUAAAUCAGUUGUCAUAACAUCAUCCUUACAACAGUUCAAUUACAGAUUGAACUGCUUUAGGAUUUCGAUUAUGUCCUAUAAAUUGACCUAGGGUUUCACAAAAGUAAAUUGAAAGUACCCACAACCCAUUUUUUUGUCCUGUUCUUUGUUGUUUCCUUUCCCCUAAAAAAAUGGCAGAUUCUGAGCUCUCAAUGAGGUUGGAUCGUGCAAGGCCAUUUCUGAGAGGGCAAUAUGAUCAGAUUGAUCCAUUACUGCCCAAAUUUAGAUCUGUUCUGUUAGAAGUGGGAGCCUCGGAGUGCUGGCACAAGCAUGGCAGUUUCUUUGAACAUCUCAUGGAUGUUUAUAGGAUUCUGAAGCUGUGGAAUGCUCCUGAUGCUAUUGCCAGGUGUGGUUUAUUUCAUUCUGCUUAUUCCAAUUCUUAUGUUAAUCUUGCAAUUUUUCAGCCCAAUGUUGACAGGCAGAAAGUGAGAGACCUUAUUGGGGAUGAAGCAGAAGAGCUUGUGCACAUGUUCUGUAUUGUGCCCAGGCAGCCUCUUAUUCAUGACAAUCUAUUAUUUCAAUUUUCUGAUGAGGACUUAGUUUCUGCACUGAAGGAGUCAGAGAAAACAGUGCAAGAGGCCGAGGCAGAGGAUCUGAAGCUGCAGAAAUUGGAAUUGGAGGAGAAAGAUGAGAAUUGGAUUGACAAAAUCCAUGACAAAUAUGAGAUUCUUAAGACCCAAUUGGAGGAAGAGUUGGAUGAAAUUUUUCUUCCUGAUUGGAGGAGGAAAAUCCAGAAAGUACUGCCCCAUGAGGGAGUUGUAGUGAAACACAUUAAAACAGGGGAGGAUGUUCAGGUGCCCAGAAGAUUGGUUGCAAUCUUUUUAUUCAUGACCAUGGCAGAUUUUAUAGACCAGCUGUUUAGUUUCCAGGAUAAUUUGUUUGAUAACAGUAAUGGGAAGCUUGACUGGUCAGGAAACAAUUGGACUGCUCUGUGGCCAGGAGAUGGCAAGCCAGGGCUAUGGGUAAAUUCUAUUUCCAGAAUGGGUGCUCUUUAUAAUCUGAUUGUAAGGGAGGAGAAGCUCUUUCAAAGAGAAGAGAAGAGAAAGAAUGGUAAGGUCAAUGGAGAGAAGCUUAGCAACAGGGGUUUUGAAGAAAUAGAGCUUGUGAUUCCCCCUGUGUUUGAUCACUGCAGGGCUGUAUUAUCCCCAACAGAUCAAAUCACUGCAAGAGAAUUGUAUUGGGAAGGGGUUUGUAUGGCUCCUGCAGAAAAAGCCCAUGAAAAAGCCCAACCACUACUUUCAAAAUCUUGUAAGCUUGAUCCCUUUGUAGGAGAACCCCAUGUUGUUCUAGCUCACACUUAUCUUUCCCAAGGCAAGUAUGAGGAGGCAGAGGAGGAGGCAGAGAUUGCAUUGAAGCUCAUGUUAGAGUGGGGUACAAAUUGGGACAAGAGGAUGUCAUGGGAAGGCUGGAUUGCAUGGACAAGAGUGCUGGUCAUGAAAGCAAAGGAAAAGUCCUGGCCUCAGACUGCCUGGGGAAUUCUCAAUUUGGGUCUUGUCAAGUAAGAAUUAGCAUUCAACUUCUCAGACUUUUUCUGGUUUGGCUAGACUCAAUAUCUAUUGAUAUCAUAAUAUACUAAUGCAGUUCUAUCUGAUGCUAUCUCUACCAUAUCUAAGAACAUACUAAGUAAUAUACUAGAUUUCUACUAUUCUAUCAGGAUGCCAUCUCUGUUCCACCUGACACUGUUUUUCUAUUGCAAGAACUCAAAAUGUAUUUAACCAUGCCACUGCACAAUUCGCUUGUUUGAAUUGAAAGGCAUCAUGGUUUUUGUUUAUCUAUAAAUUACUCUAAAAUGAUAUUACAGAAGUUACAGCAUUUCCUCCA